AUGGAUUUCCGUGUAAGGGAAAUGGAAUCGAAAUUACAUAUGGGGUUGGACAAUGUUCUCAUGGUUGGAAUAUGGGGCAUGGGAGGAAUCGGUAAAACAACCAUAGCUAAAGCUGUUUAUGACCGUAUCUAUGGUGAAUUUGAAUGUUGUUGCUUUCUUCAAGGUGUUACAGAAGUUGCAAGUAAACCUGGAUUAGGUCUUUCACAUUUACAGGAGCAACUUCUUUCUAAACUACUGAAGGAAGGAAUUCAAAAAAUAAGAACUCUAGGUGACAAUUUUGAUGUAAUAAAGAACAGGUUCCAAUACAUGCGUGUUCUUAUUGUUCUUGAUGAUGUGGAUGAUAUAAAACAGUUGAGAGCCUUAGCUCGAGAGCAUGAAUGCUCUCACAACAAUGUGGUCAACAAGCUCUCACACAAUGUGGUCAAGUAUGCUCAGAAUGUUCCUUUAGCUCUGGAGGUUCUUGGUUGCCACUUAGCUGGCAAGAAUGAACUUGAAUGGCUAGACGAAUUGCACCAACUUGAAAUGUGUCCUCCAAAAGGAAUUAAUGAUGUGCUUAAAAUAAGUUUUGAUAGACUUGAUAAUCGUUUCCAAAGGGAUAUGUUUCUUGAUAUUGCAUGUUUCUUUAAGGGGGAGGACAAAGAUUAUGUUGUCAAAGUAUUUGAAGGCUGCGGGUUCUUCCCACAUGCUAAUCUAAGAGUUCUCAUUGAUAAAUCUCUCAUCUCCAUUUUAGAUAAUAAACUUUGGAUGCAUGAUUUAGUACAACAAAUGGGAUGGGAAAUUGUUCGUCAACCUGAAACUGAUCCAGGCAAAUGGACCAGAUUGUGGGAUCAUAAUGAUGUCCUCACUUCGUUUGCAAACAAUACAGUGGCGGAAGUUGUGGGCAUAAUCCUAGAUUUGUCUAAAAUAGAGAACUUGCACAUUAACACUGAAGUCUUCGAGAGGAUGACCAAACUUAGAUUGCUUAAGGUUUGCUAUGCUCACAAAUCUGGAGGCUUUGAAUACCUUAUCCCCAAAAAACAGCACUUUGCUAACAUCAAGUCUCUCCAAAGGCAACAAAUGAAGUAAGAAUACCUUUUAGACUCAAAUGUGACUCUUUCUAGGGACUUUCUUACUUUAUCGAAUGAUUUGCGAUGCUCUAUUGCAUGAUAUCCCAUUGAAACUUUGCCACCUCAUUUUUAAUCCCACAAAACUUGUUGAACUUAACAGUCAUACAGCAACAUGACAGAGUUUUUGACAGAAGAGGAAGAAAUUUGAUAAAUUGAAGUUCAUCAAACUAAGUCAUUCCCAGAAACUCAUUAGGACACCGGAUUUCACAGGGAUGCCAAACCUUGAGAUAAUAAUUCUUCAAGGCUGCACAGAAUUAACUGAGGUUCACUCCUCUCUGAGUUCUCUUAGAAGCCUCCCUCAAAUUAUUAAAUCUGAAAGACUGCUCAAAUCUUCAAAAUUUUCCUAGUGAAAUUCGUACAUCUUCUCUUGAGAUCCUCAUACUGUCUGGAUGCUCAAAGCUUCAGACAUUUCCUGCGAUCAAGGGUGAUAUGGACCGCUUGUCAGAGCUUUAUCUAGAUGACACUGCUAUACAAGCACUACCUCCAUCUAUUGAAAAGCUUACGGGCCUUGUUCUUUUGAGUGCCAGGAAUUGUGCACAUCUACAACUCCUUCCUUGUAACUUUGGUAAUGGUUUAAAGCAUCUGAGAACUAUUUACUUUUCUGGCUGCUCUCAUCUUAAUCAAUUGCUAGAGAAGUUGGAGAAGUUGGAAAAUUUGGAAGAACUUGAUGUAGGUGGAACGAAAAUAACACAUCCACCACUCUCCAUAUGCUCUUUUGUGAAGCUUAAAAUGCUGUCCUUCCACAGAUGUGAAGGAUUUCCAUUUGUAAACAUCAGAGGAACCAUGCAGGAAGAAUUAGAUAGGGACAAUAUCAGAAAAUGUUUUUUUAGAAAUUUAUCCUAUUUAACAAGUCUAGAUUUAAGCUACUGCAAUUUGGAUGAUGUGUCAAUCCCUACGGAAUUGGGAAUGUUAUACUCU